AUGUCGCGGUUUGCGGUACUAUUGAAAUUUGACAACGAGGAUGAGGCGAUGGCAGCGUUGAGAGAUCUACGAGCCCGCCACACGGUUAAGGAGUCAAGAUCGUACGAGAUCAUCGAGGUGGUCUCCAAUUAUACUCCAGCGGGAUUGAUGGCAGCAGUGAUGCGCUGCGAGAAGACCCAGAGAUACGAGGUGCAACUCGGCAGAAAGAGAAAACCUACAGCGGUCGUAAGUGGCAUUCCAGCUGUGCGUCGGAGAUUUACGCCUCCGCCGGCACCGUUGCCGCUUGCAGCAACCACGUCGUCACCGCUGCCGCUUGCAGCAACCGCGCCGUCACCGCUGCCGCUGGGGUCAGUUCCACCGCUGUCGCCGCUGCUGCUAUUUCCACCAGCUCCACUGUCGCCACAGCAAUCAACAUCUUGGCAUACCCCGCCGCCACCGCCUCCUCUACCACUCACGCCGCAGCCGUCGCGGCAUACCCCGCCGACAUCGCUUCCUCAACCACUCUUGCCGCAGCCGUCGCGGCAAACAUCGCCGCCACCGCCUGAGGAUGUGGUUGAGGAACCACUCACGCCGCAGCCGUCGCGGCAAACCCCGCCGCCACCUCAACCGUCACCAGAAAUUAUCAAUAUAUCCUCUGACGAAGAUAGUCUAGAUGGACUACUAGCUGAAGCUUCAGCUAGUAGUUCAUCUGGCUAUGUGUCGUUAGAGGACGAUUUUUUACUUGAACUUUUCAAUUAA